GCGUUGUGGUUAGCAUAAGCUAGUACUGAGUGAUAGAAGCACGAGGAAUUUCUUGUGCGAUUAAUUUAUAAAAAUGGAACUAAUAAUAGACACAAAAGGGCAGAAGAGUUUAAAGAAUAAAAGUCGAUUGAUAGAAAGCGACGAUGACGAUUUGGAUGAGCAUGAUAAUAACGAGAAAAAACCUGUAUGGAUAUCUGCCUUCGAGUUCUUACAAAAGGCUGAAAAUGAGAAAAGUCCUAAGAUGAAGAAGUUUUCUUACAAAGAUAUCGAUUUAGCUCAGUUUGAGAAAGACAUGGGUUGGGAAAGUACGACAAAGCAACAGCCACAGAAUAUUACAAACGUAACAAUGUCGACCGAAGAAAUAGCACCGAUAAAUAAAAUACUUAAGAAAAGUGCUAUAAAACCUGGAUUCGAACGGUUGGAACGUACACCAUCCUUUAUAGAAAGCAGAAGGUGUUUGCGUGCAAAAAAAAUAGCAGAACGAGAGAAGAAUAAAGGCAAGGAUUGGUUUAAUUUACCAGCCACUGAAGUCACUGAUGAGAUUAAACACGAUCUUGAGAUUAUUCAAAUGAGAUCUGUAUUAGAUCCAAAACAUUUUUACAAAAAGAAUGAUUUGAAAGUGUUACCUAAAUAUUUCCAAAUUGGAAAGGUAUUAUAUUCUCCUAUAGAUUAUUAUUCUAAUCGUCUUACUAAGAAAGAAAGAAAGAACACCAUCGUGGAAGAACUUUUGGCAGAUGCCGAAUUUGCAAAAUAUAAUAAACGAAAGUAUAAAGAAAUAAUUGAGGAAAAGAAUAAACGACAUUGUAAAGCACACAAGCAUGCAAAACGAUUGAAAGGGAAAAAAAAAUAAUGCGUAAAUAAAAUAUAUAUUCAUAUAUAUUAUUUUCUAUUCAUACAGAAUUAUUAUCAUAUGAAAAAAUCUUUCAUUUAUACACAUUUGCAUAAUAUCAAAACUGUAGAAAAGAAAUAAAAAAAUAUGUAAAUUAA